GCUUUUAUUACAUGCUUUUCUUGUUCUAAAUUAUUUUAAAAAGUACUAAAACUAUUUUAUUAUCAGCAUAUAUUUAUCUCUUACUUUUUCUAUAAGUGUAAUUAGAAACUAAUGAAAGUGUUUACGAGUGCUUUUAUUAAUAAAUUCAUAUGCAAUUUAUAUGCAAAUCGACAUAUGCACAUAUUGCAGAAAAUCACAGAUUAACGUCCAAAAACGUGGGUACAUUGCGUAAAUGCGAAAGUGAUACGUCACGCCUAAAAGUUAAUCAUACAAAAAAGAAAUUGUCAAAAGCACGUCCUACAGAUUGCAUCUCGAUGACCUAAAAAUGUUGUCCCGUUGCGAUUUGACUCUGGCAAACUAUGCAUUGUGCACCGGUCUAGCCGUCUCUCUUCGCCGCACGGCGAAGAAACGCGCGUGCUCCGCUAUCGACCAGGUACCCUGAUCCUCCUCCACGUCUCGUCACUUCUCGCCCAGUCUCGGGCCGUCGCGGCGUCCGCACGCACUCUCGGUUAAAUCCCAGCUUGCCGGGGCGCGGCAACGCCUGCCGAAGCAUCCCCGAGAGGAUCGGUCGUUGAACGUGUACCGCUCUCAUUCCGCGUAUCCCGAUGACAGACCGGACGUCGGCGCGAAGAUGACGAGGAAGAGACCGAUGGCUCGGUAGUUGAAUCGUCGACUUGUACAUUUUCCACGACGAAUUUACAUCUCGCCGAUGCUCUCAUCCCGCGUCUCUUCGAGAGGGAGGAUUCUGUAUGGUACAAGUGUAGCUGAGAAGUAUAUCGUCGACGGUUUCAGUUGGUUUCAGUUAAGGAAACAAGAUAUUAAGAACGUGAUAUCGAUGCCUCGCUGCUGCAACUUGAAAUUACAUUAUAAGAAGUUUUUAGAGAUUCUAUCUGAGUGUUAUCACCGGGAAAAAGUGUUCUGAAUAUGCAUCACGUUCAAACCUUCCGCGCGUUAUAUCUACAAAAUCAUUGUGGCUAUCUAAAAACAGCUGUUUGAGAAUUUCGUCUCUUCAAGUUCACAUGCGCAAGGACGCAAAAUUGGACCGAAUGAAUGCAAUCGAUGAGUGUACCUCUGGAGAUGUAUACGUCAUUAAGCAUAACACACAACCAAGUAGAUCUAGGAAGAAAAACAUGAGCAAAACGCUAAGUGGGACGGAGAAGAGACAAAAGAGAUAGUGUUGAGGUUCCACUCAUUAGAUUGUCGUACAGAUACGCCGCGAUUAAUUAAAAAAGAGUUACGGCGGUGCAAGUAUGUAAUUAAGAAAGGCAGUAAGGCCCUGUUCCACUUGAUAAAUUCGAACAGGCCUGAUUAUCUGUGACCAGACAUUCUUUUUUAUUAUACAUAUCGACGAUGAGAUACGCAUACUCAACAUCUCUAGAAAAAAUGGUUCACAGACUGGCGAUCAAGAAGUGUUACAGAUACGAGGACCUAAAACCAAAGAAGUUCAAUCACAUAAUCAAGCAUACAUAAAUUGAUUCGAACAAUAAACAAGAGUCGGAGGUGCUUUGUUGCCUGCGCAAAAGUUAUCGCUUAACAUAUACGUGCCGAACCGAGGAAAAUAGGUAUAGGUCGCGACGAUUAAAUCGAAACGCCCCUUAAAUGAAUGUAACGAUAUAUUGUUAUAUAUGCCGAUAGAAUGGCAGCGGCGCUUUAGAAUCAACGUUCCAGAAGUCUUCCAGCUCCGUGCAAUGGCCGUUAAAUUAUAAACGAAAGGUCAACGAGGCACUAGAUUUGUAUAGUGAAAUAAUCGCGCUUACCUUAUCAUUUGUCGUAAUUGUCACUACAAAAUUCAUGGACCACACGAACAUAUCGCGUAGAAGAAACGUAAGUCUAAUGCCCAUAGGAAGAAGAGAAACAACGAAAAGAGAGAGGGACAUUUUUUGCCAAUCCUUAGCUCACUUAGAUAGACAAUCAUUGAGAGAAAAGAAAUCUUCUUCAAUGCAAACUAGACAUGUUUGCGCAUUUUGAGUUUUGGUGUGCGUGCUACGCUACGGGUUAACUUCUAUAAAUGUUGCGCUACGUUCGAUGUAUUUCCUCAUCAUUUUGCGCUUUUCUAAUGCGAUGAUGUUUGUGAGGCUCGCAAUGAGUAAUCAUGUCUGCGGAACAAUAUGGAAACAAUAAGGAGAUAAGCAGAAACUAUUGAUCGUUGCAAAGAGCGAUGGAAAAUAGAAGGACCAAGACUGCUCAAUUUAAUUCUAUCUCUUAAGCUGCCGUUCUUCAUUAGAAAAAAUUUCGACACAAUAAUGGCAAACGAAGAUAUAUAGCAUAACGAUAUAUAAUUAGUAAUACACUUCUUUUAUAUUAUUACAAACGAGAGACACCCAAAUUUCAAUCCGCGAAUUUUAAUGUAGGCCAAUUAACGAGACAAAUGUCUAAACCGAAAGUGAUAUCGGUGUUCUGUUAUCGCCGCCAUAGGAACAAACGCACUGGACAUAAUGUAUAUACUGAUUGUGCCAUUCUACCUUACGCAUACGAAAGUGCUUGAUGCAUGCAAUCGCUUUGUUAUGCGUGAACAUCACUCUCUCGAGGAGGCACUGUUUCGCGGCGGCAAAAAAGCUGUUGACGAUGAGUGUAAAUCUACCACGGCAUUAAUCAAAACUAAAAUACAAAAAGGUGGUUUGCGACUACGAAGAUGGCUAAUUGCGCUGCUAGUUUUUCUAUUAACGUCGCUUUUUAUUAUCAACAGUUACAAUACUGGUCAACUUCGAAUCAUCCGAUUCGGAGCAAUGGCUAAACCAACUGCUCAAGAUGUAAUAACGCAGGAAUAUGUAUCGACAGCGUCAAACUUAUACAAUCCGCCAAUAAGCAACGGUGGCUUUCUAGUUCGCAACAAAGGAUGUCGAUUACCAGCAAUGGAUCCUUUUGAUCCUGCAGUUCGACGUUUCAUAACAAAAGGCGUGUUCGAAUGCGAAUAUGGAAAUUUUCCACCAUUGAUCGAAUCAAACAAUACCGCGCUAUUCGUUAACUUAUUGGCGUGGAAUGAAUUCUACAAUAGUCCGAGCGGCAUAAGUUGCUGCUGGCGACCAUUUUGGCGAAUGAAAGAUAAUGACAAUGCCAUUACGUAUGACACACAAUGCUAUCCCUUCCAAGAUUCCUGUACUGUAAACGCUGAAUUCGUAAAAGUCGAAUGUUAUCAAAACAACGAAGUAGUGUACAAAGAUUACUUCGCUUUCCUACCUCGUAAGCCCUCGGUAGAAGAAAGAUGCAGGCAGGCGCUGAGAACGGACACGCUUGCCGGCGAUCGUCUCAGCGUUCUCGUCGUCGGGCUCGACUCGGUUUCCAGAAUGAACUUUCACAGGAUGAUGCCGAAGACCGUGAAGUCGCUCCAGUCCCUCGGUGCCGUGGAGAUGCUGGGCUACACCAAGGUCGCCGACAAUACGUACCCGAACCUCGUCCCGGUGCUGAGCGGUCUGAACCAAAACGAGUUGCGGGACCUGUGCUGGCAGACGCCUAACAAAACGUUCGACGAAUGCCCGUUCUUGUGGAAGAAGUUCAGUGCCGCUGGUUAUCGCACGGUGUUCGGCGAGGACGCCUACAGUAUGACCACGUUCAAUUAUUUGAAACCGGGAUUCCAGGAGCAGCCGACGGAUUACUAUCUGAGACCGUAUUGCGUCGGUGCCGAGAACGACAUCGGUAACACCCACAAGCUGAACGCCAAUCUCUGUCUCGGCACUAAGAAGACGUUCGACUGCCUGCUGGACUACACCCGCAAAACGGCGAUCGAAUUCUCGUCGGAGCUUUACUUUGCCUUUAUCUGGGAGGCGAGUCUCACUCACGAUUACUUCACGUAUCCUCAAUUGGGCGACGACUCCUACCGUAAGUUCUUCGAGUAUGCGUCGCGGGAGAAUCUGCUGAAUCGCACGGCCUUGAUCGUGAUGAGCGAUCAUGGUAUGAGAUGGGGCGAUUUCCGGCAAACGUAUCAGGGGAAGAUCGAGGACAGUCUACCCUUCGUUUUCAUCGUCCUGCCGAAAUGGUGGCGCGAAAAGUUCCCGUUGGCUUGGGGGAACUUGCGAAGAAAUAGACACAGCCUCACGACGCCCUUCGACCUGCACGAAACAUUGAUGGAUCUGCUGAUGCCAAAUCUUCUGCGCGAGUCGUUUCUCAAGAGGCGCAUUAAAGUCCAGGCCGCGUCGCCCGUUCCACGUGGUAUCAGUUGGUUCCUGCCGGUGCCGGACACUCGCACCUGCGACAUGGCGCACAUUGCGAAUCACUGGUGCCAGUGCCACACCAGUAAUAAGGUCCCGUGGAACGAUACUGGCUUGCAGGACAGCGUGUCGUUCCUCAUCGGAGAGCUGAAUGAUAUGCUGGACAGGUAUCCGAUGUGCGCGACCUUGAACCUGAAGAUGAUCAAGGACGCGAAGGUGUGGCAGGAUAAGACGGACAGCGCGACGAUGAUGGAUUACACGGUGACUAUACAGACUACGCCGGGUGACGCGAUCUUCGAGGGCACAGUACGCUACAAGGCGGACGACAAUAGUCGCAAAUUGGCUGGAUCAGUCAGCCGGUUAAACGCUUACGGCACCCAGAGUGCCUGUGUUGACGAGUUCAACAUGCGUCUGUAUUGUUAUUGUCUUUAGGUACGACAUAUCCGAAUGGAUAGCUCGAGUGAUGAACCUUUUGUACCUAAUAAUUUAAAUCGAAGCUUGGAACAAUUCAUGACAAUAUAUAUACAUGUUUAAAAGAUGUCCUCGAGAUAUCCUUUAAUUAAGACGUCUUUUAGGCACGUGUUUUGUUCAAGCAAAAGUUCAGAGAUUAUCUCAGCUAGGGUUCGGUUCAAUAAUUAGAUUCGAUUAGAUGGGUUCGGAAGAAUUGUUACAAUAUUGAACUGUUUUGACAAGUUCCAUAUUCGAUUUUGUAGGAUAUUGUCGCUCCUAUCUUAUUUCCUUAAAUAGAAAAGGGCAAUGCUUUUUAUAUAUAAUAUACAGUCUAACAAAACAGCUUGAUGAGUGGUAUCAAGUAUCCCGCAAAUCCAUUUCUUGAGAAUAUUCUCACUGGUCAUGGAGUCUUCAUCGUAUUAUAUACAUAUAUCUUGAAUUUAAUAUUGAUUUAUAUAUAUAUUCUUCCAUAUAGCUUAUCAAUUAAUUUAAUCAAGCAAUAAUAAAGAUAUUUACGAAUAUUAAGAGGCAGUCUAUCUUGCGCGAUUAAUUUUUUUAAGACUUAAAAAAAGGAUUAAAAACACUCACACAAUUUCAAACUUUUGCAUGCAUAUUUAUUGCGUACAUAUGAAAAUGUCUGAAUCUGAGAUCAUAAUUAUUUUUAUUAUUUAUAUAAUAUUGUACACACAUACACAUACACAUAAAAUAUGUGACGCAUUGCAAAAAAAAUCUUGUCUUCCUGAUGAAAGUGACAAUAGUCAUCAAUCAUUUAAAACAAAAUGUCAUUAAAAAUUUUAAUUUUUAUUAGUUAGUCUAUAGAAAGUAAAUGUAUUAAAAUCGUUAAAAUGAUAGUAAUUGAAAGUUAAAGAAAAAAAAUUAAGUAUAAUUAUUUAGGAAGCUGAGACUUCAAUAUUUAAUUCCAAAAAUAAAGUCUAAAAAUGUGCACAAUGUUAACACAUAGUAAAAUUAGUUGAGAUACCGAGAGCAGAAAAAACAAGAAAGCAAAUAUUUAUUUAAGCUUUUUGAAUAUUUGCUCCAGCAAAAUAAUACAUUAAUUUUUUUAAUUAUGAACUUUAAUAUAUAUAUAUAUAUGUAUAUAUAUAUACAUAUAAUAUCUAUAUGUAUAUCUAUAUAAUAUACAAUAUAUAUAUAAAUGCUUCUUUUAAUAUAUAUGGCAAUUUUCAUAAGUUUUUUUUCAAAACUAAAAAUUAAAUAUAAGAAUAAUUCCCUAAGUAACAUCAUUAUUCAUUACAUUCCAUUCCAUUAUCAAAAAAAAAAAAAACA